GUUAUUUUUGUUGCAUUGCAUCACCUCAUCUCUCUCUCGCCUGUUCAUUUCUGCAAUUUCUCGCGGCCAUCUCAUCUCACAUUGACAGUCUCCUCACCUGGAAGUCAAAAUGGCGGUUCGUGACAAUCCAGAUUAGGACCAUCAUCACCUGUGCAGUCUCAGAUUCGCAGCUAUUAGCUAUACAUGGGCUUGUCUUCUGAUAUGGCAUCCUUGGCUGUUAAUACAUGGUAUGGGUGGGAUUAAGCUAAGAAUCCACGCCAUAUCAGCCAGCACUGGUUGGAAAUGGUUGAGUCUGUUUUUCAAUUGGUCGAUGACCUUGUAAAUGGAAGGAUUCCUGGUGACCACGUAUACUUGGAGAGGAUAGGUGAAUAUGUUCCGUGGAGUCAAGUACCAGCACUGGAAGAAAAGGUGGCGGACUGGAGCAAGGAGGAUCCAGUGAUCUGGAACGUUGGAAUGGGAGCAGCGGCUUCGUUUGCGCCGACCCUGAGAAGGCUCUUGUCCGAGCGCUGCAAUGACCUAUACGGCCCGUACGAGCACACCAUUCGUGUGCGGCUCACCCCUGCCGUGGCAGCAGGCUGCAGCGCCGCCCAGCACUGGCUGGCGGUUGAGGUCCUCAUGGAGAUGGCACAGGCAGCAAUUACCCGCGAGAUACUGCCGCCGCUGAAGCCGCUGCCGCCGCUGCUUCGGGAGCUCAAGCAACUUGCCAGCGAAGAGAGCUACAGGAGCUACGGCUCAACAAUCUCCGACAAGCUGAUGUUCCAGGCUUUGGGGAGGGAGUACGUGGAGAUUUUCGGGUCGUCGGAUCCAUCUGUGCAGUGGGACCCUGACUAUGGCCAUCAACCUCGUACCUCCCCGCUACUCCAAAUGGUCAGAGAAGGAUAUUUGCAAGGGAAGAAGUAUCUGCUGCUGGUAGAAAAUCUGCAGGUUCCCGUGUCAUUGGAUGUGUUGGCUUUCAUAGUGGGCCCGGGCAAACGCCCAUCAAUCUACCAGCAGAACCGCUGGAUCAUCUCAGCAGUGUCCCGGGACGUGUGCAACAGAAGCCACCGCAUAGAUCAGGCUACACGCCAGGCAACCAGCAGCAGGUGGUUUAACCUAAGUUCGGAGUACUACCACGCCCCGGUUCUUGGUCGUCUCCGUCCGCGAGAGGGGGCCGUGAUGAUCAGCGAGGCCUUAUGGGAUGCAGCCAACUCCAUCCACAGAAAACUCCGGAUCCAGGAGCAACAACAAGGACGAGACCUGAAGUUCUGGUUUCACGUAGCUCAGCAGUGCCUGUACUACAGUGUUCUCUACCAUCCACAAAGAAAACCUGAUGCUCUUGACAUAUAUAAUAAACUACAACGAAGCUUUAGACAAAAAACAAUAACAAGCGGUACAAGCCCCACUCCUGUGGUGACAUCCGACGAGCUGGUUCGCUGCUGGGUGGCUGAGGGCCUGCUUUCCUCAUCAGUAGCUAGCCCCACCGACAUACCAGCAGCGGCCGCCAGCAAGAAGGAGAGCAACAAGAGCUACUACAGGUCUGCAUAUGAAGUAGGAGAGGUCGUCUUCCAAGCCUUGCAGGAGUACUCAUUGCUGCCGAUCUGUCCUGUGCCCGAGGAUGCCGCCACCGGUGUGUCCAAGAUAGCAGAGGGUGUUCCUCGACUCAAGGAAGCUGAGCUAUAUGAUCUUGACGACAAGGGCAAGCAGCUGAGAUGGGUCUCAUUCCUGGAUGGACGUGGCAGGCAUGUGAGCAGGGGUUGGGGGGAACAGACAUCAAUUGUUCCAAGAGAGGUGGCCAUGACCACCCUUGUUCUGAGAGGUCACACCAACACAUCGAUAGCAGCCUUUCCUUUCCACAAAGUGUGGAACAGCCAUUUGCAUGUUCUAGAUUUGUCCUACACAAGGAUACGUCAUCUGCCUCCUGGGCUUUGUCAACUAGUGAAUCUCCGCUUGCUCUCUCUCAGAGGCUGCGUUAUGCUCAGCACCUUGUCCCCACCACCACCACCAUCAUCACAAUUACCACUGCCUUUUUACAAGGACCUGCAAAAUUCCGAGGACCAAACUCUACAACCCCUUACUUUUAAGGCCCAAAAUCCACUACGAAAUACUUGGGAGGGCAAUUUAGCAUCACCUACUUCUGAGGAUCAAACUCCACCACCCCUUACAUUUGCGGGUCAACCUCUAGUGGGACAUUUACUACCAUCCUCCUCGGGGGAACAAACUCUAGAGGGACAUUUACUAUCAUUCACAUCAGAGGAUCAAACUCCAGGGAAGCUUGCCUAUUUGGAGAACCUUGAAGUCCUUGAUAUGAAUAGUGUUCCCUUACCCGUACUAACCCGAGAAGAUGGCAGAAAUAAAAGCAAAUUGCACUUCCUUGAUCUAUCAGGGUCCAAAAUUGCUACUCUGCCUUCUGAAUUCUUUGAUGGCAUGUCAAGCCUUGAGGAGCUCAUUCUUGGCAAUUGCUCCGAACUCGAAGAAUUGCCUCAUUCGGUGGUCAAACUAUCCAAUCUGUUGGUCCUUCAUGUCGAGGGGACUAAGAUUACCUAUUUUCCGAAGGAUACAUUUGAAGCAAUGCAAAGGCUGGAGACACUCAAGCUAAUUAACAACAGUAAAUUGAGGUCACUCCCAAGGUCAUUGACCGAAGCCAAAUGCCUCAGAGAGCUACAUAUUUACAAUUGCAUUAGCUUGAGUCUUCAGUGUCUCUGGAAGCUAUUAUCGUACCUUGAGGAUCUUUAUAUUGAAACAUGGAAGGCCCUGGAAGAUAUCAAAAUCCAUGAGCAUCGUAACUUGAGAACAUUCUCACUCUCUGGACCAUGUAUUCGAUGCCUAUCCUUGCGUGGGUGCAGCAGGCUCAAAACAGUGAACUUCAGUGAUGAUCUUAGAGCAUUGGAGGAUGUUGAUCUUUCAGGAACAGCUAUUGAGGAGGUCCCUCCCAACCUCCCAAAUCUGCCACAACUCAGGAUGGUACUUCUUCUGAAUGUCCAAUGUUUCAAGAGAUUCCCAUGGCAUCAGGUGGUUAGGUUUCCCAAGGUUUUCUAUUUGGAUGACUCUGCUAGUGAUGAUAAUCAGUUUUUGAAGAUACAUUGCCAGCAGAGAACUUGUGCAGCUGGAGAUUCUCAUAGGGAGGAAAGAAACAAUACUGCUCAGAUCAACAUCAAUGACCCCGGUAUAUUUCAUAGUUUCAACUCAGAUGUUGCUAACAAGUUAGUCAAGGAAGGACAGUUCCUUCAGCAUUUCUGUGUCCAAGUUAAACCAUGCAGUGUGAGAUGCAUGGAGCCGAAGAACAAAAGUGAGAUAUGCACCAAGAUCCAGAAGCAAUCACCUUAUCUUGAUGUGCAUUCUUUUGAGGUGUCUAGCAUUGUGCCCAUGAUGAAACUUCAGCCAAAACGACGUCAUGUGGAGAUAUCUGCAAACAAUCAGUAUCCGCAUGGAUUAAGGCAUCUUCUCUCUGUCACAAAGUCAAUAUUCAUUGGGGAUGAUUCUUCUAUCAGAUGCUUUACCGAACUCAAUUAUAGUAUGAUGUGUCUUGAAGAAUGCCAGCUCAUUCACUGCCAUGAAAUGGAAGUAGUAUUCAGAAUCCAUUCCGAAGGUGCAGGGGAAGAAAUAGUCCAGGGCCAGAAGAGCAGCACAUUAACUCCAAAGGUAUUUCAAUCCUUAAAGAUACUCCUGCUCUCCAAUCUGAAUAACCUACUAAGCUUGGUCGAGCCUAGUGAUCUGGCAUACUCUAAGUUGAUCUCUCUGGAACUACUCAAACACAUUCAUCUCGAGCACUGCCCCCGACUGGAGAAACUUUUCCCAUGCAGUUUAUCAUUGCCUUCACUGGAGAUUCUGAUCAUUCUUUUCUGCUCCAACCUCAAGACAAUCUUCUACAAACAACCUGAUUAUUCCGUAGCACCUUCUCCACUCCCAAACAUCCAAAGGAUCUACCUCCAAGAGCUGCCACAGCUGCAGCACUUCCACGAUGAUGUCACAUUUCAGUUUGAAACACCAAAGUGGGAGAAGCUCUUUGUCCGGGCCUGCCGUUCCUUUCAACAUCUCCCAAUCCUGAAGAAGGAGCACCUGGUGUCGAAGGUGGAGGUCAGCGGAGAGCGUGACUGGUGGGGCAGGCUGCAGUGGAACCUGCUGGCAAAGCAACACGACGACUACUUGCAUGUGAAGCCACCGGAGUUUGCAUUGCGGAAGAAACAUAUCAUCAAAAGCUACCUUAGGUGAGCUUCACUUGAUAUACAGAGCUCAGUUCCAUGCACACAACUAUGGUGCCCUAUGCCUAUCCACUCUAUUUGUUGAUGUGAGUUUCCUGCAUAUGCCCAAGAUGCAGGAGUUGUAUCUUGCAUUGUGUGUUCGUGUGUAUUGUGUUUAUUGUAACAAUGUUUCUCAAGGGACAUGUCAUCUUUUUGCUGAUUUCGUUGGUCUCUGUUUGGGUUUUGUUUGUGCCUUAAUAACUGGUAACUCAGGUUACCAUGAAACCAAGCUGUAUGCGUGUAUGGAUUGGUGUGAUGAGAUUGAGUUUGAAAGUAUUUGUGGUUUGCAACCUCUAAUGUACCACUGUAUGUGUAUGCUGAGAAUGAGUUCCAAACUAUAUUUGUAGUUUGCAACAUUUAGUGUA